AUGCUACUAAAAAAGCCUUGCAGGACAUUGACUCCAAGAUUGUCCAGCUUGGGUGACAGUGUUAAGAAAGCCGUUGAGAAUGCUAUUAUCGCCCAAAUUAACAGUAAUGAAGAGCUUAUAAAGCUUUACUCUUCUCUUGUUACUAACCUUUCUGUGUCUGUCAACCCUGCUGGCCAGACUGAUGACACCGCUGUAAUUGGUCCACUUCAAGUUGAAGUGUCUAAAAAAAUUGCUGAAAUUACUGACCAAAUUACGCAACUUGAACAGCAAAAUAAGCUUAAUAAUCACUCUCUUCCUUCCCCCUCUCCCUCUGCUGAGCUAGCCAAAUUGCAUUCCAAGUUGGAGGCUUUGAAGGAAGUGGAGAAGCUUUGUGGAUUUUUGACUAAUUCUAAUAAGCAGCAAAAUAACCCUACUAAUAAUAUUUUAACGCAUUUAUGUGACGGCCUCGAAACUUUCCUCGGCUUCAACUCUGAGACUAAAGGCUACGACGGCUCUGGCAUUGUGUACUCCGACCUGGAUAGGCUGUGUGACGGGGUGAUGGGAUUUUUGAGUGGUGUUCUCAGUAACAUCCACAAGCAUUUAGGGCAGCAUAAAGAGACAAUUAAUGAAGCAAUUACAUCACUUAACACCAAUAAACACCUUGGUAAAAAAGGUUUUAAUGUUGCGAUUGGAAAGGUGGUCGCAGGGGUGCGGGGGUAUAAUGAGAAGGUGAAGAGGUCAAAUGAUGAUGUCAAGGGCAAGAUAGAAGACUUGUAUAACUACGUCAAGACUGAAAAUGGAGGUAAGUUACGUAGUGAAAUUCAAAAUAUGCAGGACCCGGAAAAUCCCCUUUACUUCGAGUCUGCUGUGUUUAACGCCGAGAAUCUAGUUAAGCAAGCUGUUGCCAAAUCAACGCACUUUGCAACUGAGCUUAAUAGAGCAACUAAAGACAUCAAUGAUUUUAAUUUAGAUUGCAAAACUAAUGUAAAUCACGCACUGAAAAAUGUUAAGCACGAAACCGAGCGACUGGAGCAGUCCGCUGCUAAGGAGGGUCGGGAGCUGAAGGCGACGGAAGAUGUAAUCAAGACAACGCUUGAUAUUGCUAAGCAGAAGAUUAAUGAGAGCAUUAAGGUAGACGUGAAAAAGCUCAUCGAAAAAGUUAAGACUGCAUUACAGAGUAUUUUGACUCAGAUGAGGAGGAUUAGCAAGGAAAUGCAACGAUGCAUCGCAGAGUUACAGGAAUGGAUAAGCAAGGUGGAGAAAUUUCUUGGUGAAGAUAUUGAGAAGCACGUGAAAAAAAUUGUGAAGGAAAUUAAUAAAGAUGACUCAUACGAACUGCCCAACCAAAUUAAGAUUGCCGUGCAGAAUACAAAAACAGCAGUUGUACAGCUUAACGGCGCAGGCGAGGAGGGUAGAAAGCAAGUCGAAGAUAAUGUUAAAGCAGCGCUUGAGCAGGUUAAAGUGAUGAAUGAUAAGCUGAAGCAAGAUUUGUAUGCCGUUAAGCAAGCGAUUAAGGGGGCAAUUACUAGGUUGGGAGAAACGUUGAAAAAGAACGUUAAUCAGGACUUGGGGGCGUUGAAGGAGAAAAUUACUAAAAAAUUCAAUCCUAUUGCUACCGAUGCUACGGAAUUUUUCAAACAUUUCAGCUCGACGAAAGGAGCGCUCGAUAGAGCAAUGAGAGCAGUGGCGACAGAUUUGGCAAACAUCAAAGAUCUCUCUAGAAUUGGGCGCAUCACCGACGUCCUAGGUUUUGUUCCACUUCUCACUGAGAUCGGUAAAAAUGGACAAAAUCCAUUCAGUUCUGUUA